CGCUGCCCAGCCCGGCUCAGCGCAGCAUGUUGCGCACGGUGGUUCGCGUUUCUCGGCUCUGCCGCGGCCCGGCCCGGCUCGGUUCGCCCUUCUCGGCCGCCGCCGCCUCCUCCGCCAUCCCGGCGCCCAACCCCCGUCCCGAUAUCGCCUUCAACAAGGUAGGGCCGCGCCGGGGGCCGGCGCCGGCCGCGUCCCCGCGGCGGAUUUUCAUAAAUAACGAAUGGCAUGAUGCAGUCAGUAAGAAAACCUUCCCUUCUAUCAACCCAGCAACAGGAGAAGUUAUCUGCCAGGUUGCUGAGGGCGAUAAGGCAGAUGUGGACAAGGCCGUUAAGGCGGCCAAGGCAGCUUUCCAGCUGGGCUCGCCUUGGAGGAGGAUGGAUGCUUCUCAUCGUGGGAAGCUGCUGAAUCGUCUUGCUGACCUGAUCGAGAGGGACCGGGCUUACCUGGCGGCGCUGGAGACUCUGGAUAAUGGCAAACCGUACUCCAUCUCCUACCUGGUGGAUUUGGACAUGGUAGUCAAAUGUCUCAGAUACUUUGCAGGCUGGUCUGAUAAAUUCCAUGGCAAAACCAUCCCGUUAGACGGAGACUUCUUCUGUUACACAAGACAUGAGCCAGUGGGAGUUUGCGGGCAGAUAAUCCCGUGGAACUUCCCGCUGUUGAUGCAAGCGUGGAAACUGGGGCCUGCCCUGGCGACUGGGAAUGUGGUCGUGAUGAAAGUGGCGGAGCAAACCCCCCUGAGUGCUCUCUAUGUAGCUAACCUGAUCAAAGAGGCUGGAUUCCCACCAGGUGUGGUGAACAUCAUCCCCGGCUAUGGGCCCACUGCAGGGGCUGCCAUCUCUUCUCACAUGGAUGUAGAUAAAGUGGCCUUCACUGGCUCCACGGAGGUUGGGCAUCUGAUCCAGAAGGCUGCAGCAGAGAGUAACCUAAAGAGGGUGACACUGGAGCUUGGAGGAAAGAGUCCAAAUAUAAUCAUGUCUGAUGCAGACAUGGACUGGGCUGUGGAUCAAGCCCAUUUUGCCCUCUUCUUCAACCAAGGGCAGUGCUGCUGUGCUGGAUCCCGAACAUAUGUCCAGGAAGAUAUAUAUCAUGAGUUUGUGGAGAGGAGUGUUGAGAAGGCCAAGUCUAGGGUGGUUGGAAACCCAUUUGACUUUAAAACUGAACAGGGGCCUCAGGUAGAUGAAGAGCAGUUUAAGAAGAUCCUUGGUUACAUUAGUACUGGGAAGCGUGAAGGAGCCAAACUGCUGUGUGGUGGCAACCCCGCUGCAGACAGAGGCUAUUUCAUCCAGCCAACUGUCUUUGGCGAUGUGCAGGACAACAUGACGAUUGCCAGAGAGGAGAUAUUUGGGCCAGUCAUGCAGAUUCUGAAAUUCAAAACAAUUGAGGAAGUCAUUGAGAGAGCAAAUGACUCCAAGUAUGGCCUAGCAGCAGCAGUUUUUACAAAGGAUCUUGACAAAGCAAACUAUGUGUCACAUGGCCUGCGAGCUGGAACAGUUUGGAUAAACUGUUAUGACGUGUUUGGUGCACAAGCUCCAUUUGGUGGCUACAAAGCUUCUGGGAAUGGGCGAGAGCUGGGAGAAUAUGGUCUGGAGGCAUAUGUAGAGGUGAAAAAUGUGACAAUCAAAAUUCCACAGAAAAACUCCUAAAGGAGAGCAGCCUCUCCAUCCAUUUGGAAACACCUAUGCAGCUUCAUGAGAUACAAAGCAAGGAAACCUCUUCUUAACACACACAAAACUUAGAUGGAAAAUAUGUAACUCUGUGUUAAGAAAUGUCUCUUUAGAAGGUGCCUGAACGACCUUUUGUUAAAAGAAGUUACUUGGCUUUUAUCUUUUUAAAAUACCAAAUACAGUCAAUUGAGUACUAAUGCAUUA